AUGCUUGCCACCGAUCUGUUUGUCGAAAAUACAGAAACAGAUUCGUCCGCCGCCCCCAAACUAGCCUCUUCACAAAACUCGGCCCAGAAGAAGACCGUAGCCGACGUCUUCAAUGAUAUUAAGUUGACACGGUCGCCUGCAGUUAUAGAACAGGUGAACGCAACCUUUGCCUUCAAACUGUCAGGUGGGUAGCCCUUAACUCCAAUUGUUCUGAAUAACUUUUGGUGCAGAAAUCUGCAACCCUGCCGAGACCGUUCGUAACACUUUUUAGCACCUUCCACCCCCCCCCCCCACUGCCAUCUGUCUCUCUCCUUUUUUCCUUUUUCAUCCUCUUCGUCCCUCAAACUCCACCUUCUUCCUUCUGCUGCCGCUGCUCCCCCUCCCUCUUUCGUCAUAGCGAAUCAGUCAACCAAAAAUCUGCCUUCGAGUCGUAUGUGAAUUUCGUUUAGUGAUCUGUCCUGAUUUCAGGAGGGAAGUGAACAUUUGCGCCUUGCCCAGGGCUCUGGGUUCGGAACACCUGUGUGUGUGUGCGGUCGCACAGAGGUCUGUAGUCUCAGAGACGCGGAGACCGAGGUUCGACUGACAACAAUCGGUGAGCCAGAAAUGGCCGCUUUAGUCGCCUCUAUCUCGGUCGUCAGCAUUUCUCAACAUGCUUUUGAUUAUUAGCUGCUCCUCAGACCCCGGUUCAGUGGGGCGAGUUAAACGGAGCGAAAAGCAACCAAGCUCCGGUGACUUCUAGGAAGGAGUUACUCAUAUCCUCAGCGUCUCAAUGUGCUCAAGGCCGAAGUACACGGUCCCGGACAGUCCCAAAAGUCGUUCAUUGAGUAUCCUGACGUUUUGGGAGUGCACAGGUUGAGUAGUGGACCGUUUAGACAAAGGGAGAGCCUUCUUGGUCUGAUAUCACCAGAAAAACGUAGGGGGGUUAGAUUGCUAUCGUUAUGAUGCUACCGCUGCCGUAGACAGACCGCCAGUAAGUCACCGAUUACUGCGCAUUCGUCGCUGGUGUUCGAUAACUGUUUCCCCGACCUCGCUCUCAAUCACCUUUGUCGGUAGGCUGCCUGUACCGCCCCUCCCGCGCCUGGGCAUUUUUGCAGCCCAACAGGCAAAGGAAAUUCGUUGCGCCUACCAUGAUGGAUCGGAGCGUCAUGACUCACAGCAGAGCCAGCGACCCCGUACACUUCCUCAACUACUACUCAUAACUUCCUCUCUUCGCAUGCCUUUGCCAGCGUCCAAGCUGUCGUAAUCGAGAACAGUAUUCAAAUCACAGGUUAGACGGAAAUAUAACCAUCCCACCUUCUGGAAUUAUUCCCCAGACCGAACUGUAUCCCGUGAAUGCGGCAACCUUGCGCAGCACACCGACCUCUCCGUUGAAUGCUGUUCAUAAUGUCUUGAAGAAGGAGACACGAUCGUUGGGACGGGAGCUUUAUUGGCCUGACGUUUCGGAUUCCUGCCUGCUGUUCAUAAUACCUGUGAGAACGGUAUUAACAGAACCAACCUCUCAAUAGUGUCGUCCCAAAUUAAAGCGUAAAUUUCCCUAACAGCUCAUUUCCUAUUUGACCCCGAAUCCCUUAACCAUUUAGCAGAAUGUCUACCAUACCACUAUAUGUAAAUCCCUAUGGUGUUGCGUGGAAAGGUACCAUGUUCUCUCUUUCUGUGGCCUUAUUUCGUACGCUGUUAUCGGGCAAAUAAUUACGGUAAGCAUAUUUUCAAUUGAAAUGUUAAGUUGGCAAACGCGUGUUUUCGGUAAUUCUUCGUCAGGCCUUACAGUUACAUGAAGGAAUGAAAAUGUACAAAAUCAACAGUGUUUAUAGAGAUCUCAAGGGCUAUUAAGUCACUAACACUCAUCAUCCCCACGCCGCCCGCAUUAGAAGGCCGGCGGGUGUUAGUCGUCAGAGCUAGGGGAGGGGGUAAGAGAGUCUUUGAGUGAUGUUCUUGGGUUGAGUACACGGAGUACCCAUCACUUUAAUUAGGGAUUUGAGGCGGCAUGUCGUCAUCACUUGAGGUCGGCGUUUCCCACGACAGAGAGAGCGCUUGUGUCAAGGUCUUCUGACAGCAUAACACCCGAUUCGCUAGCCGUAUAGACACUGCUUCGGCCGUUGCUAGUAUCAGUUGGCGUAGGCCUUUAGAGAAGCUUGUUGGUGUCCGAUAGACAACCUGAAAUGCUUCCUUGACAUCGACUCGGUGAUCCUCUGCCUAACCAGGCGGGCAUAUGUUCACGCACCCUCUUUACCAGGCGUCUCGUUGUGCGACCGAUGUAUCCCGCUCCACAGGAACAAGUGAAUGAGUAGAUGCACACUCAUGUGGCCUCCAACGGUAGUCUGUGUUUACGACCCAAACGUAGGAGGGGAGAGUUGUAAAACAUACGCAUAAAUUUGUCGCGGGGAAUUUUAUUGUGUCAUCAUUGGUGUAGAUAGCCAGGUUUCGGUUGAACCACCGUUGUCCAAGGAAAUUAAUACAGCAAACAUGCUGUCUAAAGUGUCCUUUUCGAGCUCGAUGGCCAAAUGCAGACGUCCACCCAGCAUGGGUAAGUAGCGACCAUGUAAGCGUGAAUUUCAUGGUGGGUGGUUAUAUUUCACUCCUGCCAAGUCCCACCACCCCGUAUGUGGUCUAACCUUGCCGUCCGUACCAAUCUGCAGUUGUUUCGAAAUUGUCUUUUCACUGUAAGAACGCUGUGGAUGUAUGAGUGAACAGUGAGUGAGGUAGGAUACCUCCACGCUCUUCUUCGCCAUAGGCAAAUUUCCCCACCCAGAAGAUAGUGGUGGGCCUUGUCACCUGCGGCAGUCGAACUUGUCAGUCUCUAUAUAGCAGCGUAAGCAAAAUCGACGCCAGUACAAACUCAGAAGAUAAUUGCUCUAUGGACGUCGGCAGCGCCCUCGCCCCAGGCCAUCGGUCAUGGCCGAUGCGCGACCCCGGACGAGGAACGCCAGUUGCCGCUGGCAUGCCUGGCCUGCCGCAAUCACGGUUAGAUGACCUUCGACCACUAGUCGACUUUCGCCCAUCAGCUCUGGCGUUUGCUUUUGAGAGUCGUCCAACCGUCCCACAUCCACGUUGCUGGCGCUCGAUGGUUUCUAGGGUUCCCUAACUUAUGGGGUUGAUUUUCCUUUUCCUGUCGCCAGACCACAUCAAUAACCGUCGAUCUCAUGUGGUUCUCAGAUGACAAGGCGUGCUCUUGUAGCCAAUGCGGCGGAGCAUUGGACUUAGGAAUGCCCUAUAAUCCACUGACUCGGAUUCAAAUCGCAGUUGACCGCCUAGAAUAGAGAGUUUGAAUGGCUGUCGGCGUCAAGUAAGACCAUUCCAGUCUCCAGUUCUUUUCGACCGGUGAUUUCAUCGCAAAGCGACCAUCUGCCGUAGACUGUAGACUACCAAGGCAGGAUGCAACCGCCUUUAUUUUGCCUCGUAAUCUGAACGUGUCCGUCAAAGCCACUCCCGUGUAAUCCAAUUCAUUGUCCGAAUCGGCCCACCACUACCAGUUGAAUUUAUGCUAUCGGCAGCGCACACGCGGAAACGGUGGGUUUGCGGAUUCCGCAUCGUUGGGCUGAUAGAAGCAAACAGGCGUGUUCAAGGAAGCAGUCCAGAGGAAUAAGAUGCAAUCGCUGGAACGAGAGGUUUAUUGGCCUGACGUUUCGGAUUCUCACUCAGACUCUUCCUCAGUAACAGUCGCAGAAAAGAGUACAAGAGCUACAAGGUGCACGGUAUUUCUAGGACGCGGUUGCCAGGCAACCACACGCCUACUAUAUUUGGAAUCACUCUUGUUAAUCUCUGGGGCUCGUAAUUGAUGCGAUGACUGUUUUUCGGUCCGUAACCGAGUUGUUUAUUGCCGUGAUUUCAUAGCUCUUAUCAAUUCUUGGCGUGAAGAUUUCUCAGAAAUUUGGUUCACCAUCACUCGCAUCCUCCCCGCCAUUAUGCUUGUUAAUUUGAUACGGUCCGUAGAACCAUGACUGCUAUUUUCGACCUAUCUGUGCAUUUUAGAGUCUUUAAAAGGCCCACAUUUUGCUUGAUUUGAACGGCUGUUGCGGAAUCGCGAACCUCACGAUGUUUACAUCGACUAUAUGUGUAUCCCGCUCGUUUUUAUGCAUGUUUUCUGCCUGCUGAGGCAACUUAAGUAACCACAUCAAUCUCCCAUUAUACUACUUUUUCCACCUUCUUGUACCGGCUUUAUAAUUCUUCUUGCUUUAACAGUCCAGCAAGACUGUCUCCCGACAGUUCAUCUUCUACCUCUUUAGGAAGUGAACCAGGUGUCUGGCUUAUCAAUCUGAAGUCACUGAGUGGCGAAGUAAAGAAACUAGAAUCGUCAGUAGACGAAGCCGCCGUGGACUGUUCCUUUGAGUUGCCUAGCGAGGACUUUAUCGCCCUCUUCAACAGCACUGCAUAUACAUCGGAUCUCUUUGCCGCGGGAAAAUUAAUCAUCGAGGGAGACCUGACCGCUGCGCUCAGGCUUGACAAGCAACUCACACAGUUGCGAAAGGCCUAG